ACAGUGGUACUGUCGUCGAACGGUCGUCAAUGUGUAAUGCUGUAGAAAUUUCCCUUGGUGAUUAAUCUAUAGAUGUGACAGCAUUAAUAAGUGAAGUGCAAUUGCCUGAAGAAUUCUUGUUUAAAGUUCAGGAAAUCAUGGCUGGCAUUGUACCAUUGUCUGGCAGAACUGGUAGAAAACAAUGGACACUACACGAUGGACCACGAGGAUCUCUUAGAAGAUUACGAUCUCAGUUGGCCGAGGACGGUUGCCCGGAAUCUCAAGUAGUUUUAGCCAAACAACUGUUGGAUGAAAGAUGUGAUCUAGAUGUUGAUAAGGAAGAAAAUGCAAAAUUGGGGGUCUAUUGGCUCACAAAAGCUUCGGAGCAGGGUAACUUGGAAGCAACCGAUAUUCUCAGGAAAUGCUUAGCAACUGGACGCGGUAUCACUGAACAUAAUUAUUAUGACGUGAAAAGUUGUCUAGACAUGACUCAAGAUGAGAAAUUAGCCAGAAGAGCAGCAAGAGAAAUGUUCACUAGUCUUUCAAAUGGAGAAGAUUUUAUCACAACAGAGCAGCUACAAAGGCGAAUGAGAGAUUUAGCAACAAAUUCAUCUAAUAAUGUGAGUUGUUCACACUCGAAUAAAAUGUCAUGCAAUAACUCACGAAAGGAUGUGAAUGAUAUUUCAACGGAUAAUUUCCCAAAAAAUGGGCUUCCUGAAGACUCAGUACCUAAGAAGGAGGAAGGAAAGGAAAAUGAUGUUCAUGAUUGGAUGCAUCAUCAGGGAGAGAAACUUACAGAAGCAGCUUUAGUUUCUGCCGCCGCUAGUUAUGCUCGCGGGAUGCUUCCGAUAGUUUCGCACGCUCUCUGUAUGGUGGAUACAUCUCAAAUGGCAUUAGACACUAUACCACUGCUACAAAGGCCUCUAAUGCAUCCUCUUGCAUCUUUGAAACGUCUGUAUAUUUGGUUGAUAGAAACGUUAGGUCAAAGGGGAAUGUCGAUUAGAAAAGUUCUUUUCACGUCGAAUGUACAUAUAUUGUUGUUGCUCCUAUUGUAUUCGUUGUUCGGAACAGAAAGCCUCGUACUCUUUAUACCAAUUGCUUUAUAUUAUCUGUCGUUUAUCGUAAUGGUUAUAGCUACGUUUCAAAUGUUACAACGAAAACGCGAGUUCACUAACUUUCGCGUUUGGUCGGGCUUGUUUCUCAGUUAUUCGGGCGGGAACUUGAAUCCUGAGGAGGCAGAAUAUCAAUACUGUUGUAAUAAUUUAAAACCUUACGCUCACUUCUUUCUUGCCUUGCUCUUGAAUCUAAUGAUUUAUCCUAUUAUAGCUCAUCAGUGGACACCUCAGUCAGAAUUCACUAUCGUGGCAGUCGCAUUAACGUUGAUAACGCUCUUGAAUUUUAUGUGGAAAGAUUCCGCCAGAUUCCCAGAUUUCUUAGCCCUCUUCAGUUUUGGUGUUCACGUUCUCGCUAAAUAUCCGUACGAAACGGACAUCGUAGUCGCGCAGGGAUGGAGGUUUUUGGACAUAAGAGUUCCCACGUUCGCUUCGUACGUUGUCGGCAACGGCAUCGAGUUUUGUUUGAAUUUUCGUGCGGUCUUUUACCUCUUGAUCCCAGCUGUUUUUGCGAAAAUGGCAGCUCAGGAUAAUUGGCGUGGUACUUAUCAGACGUUAAUACCUCAUUGCGUCACUUUAAGUUGGUGGCAAAUAGCAAUCUUUAGCUCUCAAGGUGCAACCUGGUAUGGAUUGAUUAGAGGUGCUCUGGCGUUAGUUGGUAUGGUUCUGUUCUUACCACUGGCAGGAUUGGCGUCCAUUAUCCUGCCAAUUGUCGCCGCUGCUAAAUACUUAUCCGAGAGUGAUCUAGCCAUGAGAAUAGCAAUAACCGCUUUACUCGGGGGGAUGCCGUUCCUUGCCUCCUGGUACUUAAGGAAAACUAGAACUCCCAGAUACAAUUGGAUUGUCACCGUCAUCCAGUUGCUCAUGGGUAUCGGCGCUGGUAUGUUUUUAUCAUGGCCAAUGAUCAUGGAAUACAAGCAAGAACCAAACAGGUAUGACGUUAUUUCUACGCUUUCCUGGGAACAAUAUCAGAAUCAUUGUCAUCAACCUGCAUGGGAAGAACUAUCGUCCAAGGCACAGGUCCAAGUUCAAUGUGCCGAUUUGGAAGGUAUUCUAGUCUCGUGGGAAGGCUACGUGACGAAUAUUAAAUUAAGAACAAUAAAGAAUAAUAUAGCGACGAUCAUUGACAAAUUACCGGACAGUAUUAGAAACGCGAUCGGUUGCAUGUACGGUGAACCGUAUUCGAAUAAUUGUGACAUGGUUGACCAUGCACGGCAGAGAAAUUGCAAGCAUUUCGCAAGCAUUCAGAAUCGGAAAAAUAAAUGUCACUUUCCUGCUUGGAAUCAGUACGAAUUCGAGAUUUCGGUUAAGAUGAAAAGCGGCAUGUGGGGUAACAACGCGGAAGUUUUACUCAUAGCAGAUCACUCGUUUACGAAUUUUAGCCUGAACAUAUAUCCGGGCGACAAAGUUUGGUUCAUCGGUACGCUUUUAAACAGUGGUUUAGAAGACGAAUCACUGUUAGGUGGUUCUGAACCACACAUUGAACUGGAGGAGAUUGGUUGUCUCGCGUGUCAUUCUAUUGACUUGAAAUCACAGAACCGCUAUAAGUAUCAUGUAACACUUAUCUCGAUUUUAAAUGGCUUUUGCCUAGGCGUAAAGACUGUUUUACAUUUCUUGUUUAAUCCUAUCGUGAUAUUCAAGUAAUCACACGUUUGUGUCUGUAGAUAUAUCGGAUAUAGAUCAGAAUUUAUAUCUGUAAGAUAAGUUGGAUUGUAAGAUAUUUGAGAACGUUCAGGUAAAAUUGUU